AGAUUGAAUUGAUGUUUAUACAAAAAAAAUUAUUCUGAGACGAAAUAUUCUUCACACAGAUUUUAGUUACCAGUCGACUGUCGUGAGGAAUAACUGAGCGGAACUUCGUAUUUUUUAGUUGUUAGUCUCAUUAAAUUGACUUGGGAUAAACUUUUCAAUUGUUUUCCUUUUGAUUCCAGUUGAUUUAUUGAUAUGAAAUACGGAAUUGUUUAAAGGAAAAAACGGUUUUUACAAAGUGAAAAGUAUGUUUCGAUUCUUAUUUGCAUUUGGAUUAUGUUGGAUAUGUAGUGGGCAGUCAAUCAACCCAACCUCAAAACCAAUAUGGAACGCCACCUACACGGACCUUUUGAAAAAAGACCUUUUGAUUGGCUAUGACAAAUUUGCUCGACCCGCACAACACUACAACAUGACCGUAGUAUCGGUUAAAUUAACCAUUAGACACGUUGAACUUGACGAAGAUAAGUCAGUAUUUAGCGCUUACGGAUGGCUAGCGUCGCAAUGGAAGGACGAAAAACUGAAAUGGAAAGAAUCCGAUUAUGGCGGUUUGACAUCCGUGCAUAUGGCCGACCACGAACUGUGGCAGCCCGAUCUCUUAUUGUACAAUGGUGCCACAGGUACUUUGACAGACAUGUACGGCAAUUCUCAUUGCAUCGUCCAAAGCAGUGGCGAUAUAUUGUGGGUUCCACCGACCCACUACCAAAGCUUUUGCCAACUCGAUUUGAGAUUAUGGCCGUUUGACACGCAAGAGUGUACAAUUCUCAUGGGGUCUUGGACGCAUCACGGAGAACAAAUAGAUCUACAAAUAAAUGACAAGGGCGUGGAGUUAGACCUUAGUACUGAAAAUAAUCAAUGGGAAGUGACGAAAGCAAGUGCCACACGCCAUCAGAAAUAUUAUAUCCCAAAUCCAGAACCGUAUCUUGAUGUCACAUUUAAUUUCACAUUGGUGAGACGAUCACCGAUGUAUAAGACUGUUGUUAUUACGCCAGCUGUUGGUGUCAUCUUGAUGACUCUCGCCAAUUUUUGGUUACCAGCUCAAUCCGGAGAAAAGAUUCUUCUGAAUGGAGUCAACGCAUUGAUCAUUGUGACGUUCCUAACGUAUUUUGCGCAAAGGCUUCCGUCAAUGGCAAUACACACGCCUUUAGUAGUUCUUUUUUACAGCAGUGCGUUGUAUAUGGUGUCAUUCUCAAUGAUCAUCUCUGUGAUCGUAAUCAACUUAUCUAAAACGAAGCAAGCACAAGCAAUACCAUGGUAUCUGAAAAGAGUUUUGGAUGGAUACUUCGGUACAGUGUUGGGCUUAAAGCGAAUUAGUGGGCUGGCUCCCAAACAGCCAAUAGCUGAAGAACUACGUGACCAACCGUUCGAUGAGCACGUAACUUCAGACGAUCAUCACAUCAUUCAGUCCUGCAGUAAAGGUCCAAUACAGCAAGAUUACAUUAUUCUGGCUACAGCUAUCGAUCGUGUCGCAUUUUUGAUUUAUUGCUUUGUGUUCAUUGUAUUAGCCAUAACUUACUCUGUUUAACAUCGUUGAUUGAACGAAAUCAGAAGAAUGAAAGUUUUGAGAUUGGUAUUGACGGUAUUGACUACAAUAGCGAUUACAUGCGAUGAGUAGGAGACGAAUUAGGGUAAAUGCAAAAUCAUUUUGGAAUAAAGAGAACAAUUUUUUGAA